UUGUCUGUCACAAAAAAUUUGUUUCUUUUCGCGGUGGUAGAUGCGAAAUUUCUAAAUAAUUUUUUAUUAAAAUUCUCAAUUUUAUUAAAAUAUAAUUUUUUGCAAAAAUGGGUCGCCGUUCAAUAAAUACCACUAAAAGUGGUAAAUACAUGAAUCCAACAGAUCAAGCUCGAAAGGAGGCCCGUAAAAAGGAACUCAAAAAGAAUAAACGCCAAAGGCAAAUGGUUCGAGCGGCUGUCUUAAAAAACAAAGAUCCUGGACAGAUACUUGAAGAAAUGGAAAAAAUUGACGAAAUGGAAUACAACGUAAUGCAGCCAUCUCCAUUGAAUGAAAAGGUUCUCCGAGACAAACGAAAAAAGCUUAAAGAGACCUUUGAUCGUGUCAUGCGUCUUUAUCACACUGACGAUCCAGAGCACUGGGCAGAGCUGAAACGAAAGGAAGUCGACUAUGAAAAGAAGCGUCUGAAAAAGCAGCAAUACUACGAGAGUGUGAAGCACGCUCAGAGCGUCCAAAUCGACGAGAUUCCUCUGCCCACACAAGCGAAUGCCGCUCCAGGUGGAGUUAUUUCGUUUCCUGGUCCUCCAAAUCGAUUCCCACCACCUCCAGCCGCAUUGUCUCUACCCCCAUUUGCCCCUGGUGCACCGCCUGGAGUUUUGCGGAAGCCAAAUGAAAUGCCACCAAAACCGGAAGAAAAACCUGCAGAUCCUAAGAAAUUGGAGCAACCAGGUGUCCCACCUGGUCCACCGCCAGAUUUGUUUGAAAUGUCAGACCUGGACACCGAUGCUGAGAAUGAUGAACCUCUUCAAAGGGAUCCUGUCAAACGACCGAAGUUAGACCCAACCAAAGGCAAAGAUGGAGAAGAUAUUCCAAAGCCAAAUGCUUUGCAGCAACGCAUGUUGGCCAUAUCUGGACAAAAUAUUGACGAAUUUAUGAAAGAAAUGGAAAAUGUCCACAAAAAGAAGGAGAAGGAACGAGCUGCCGAACGUAAAGGCAGUGGAAGUGACACCAAAGAGGAUUCUGAUGAAUCUGAUGAAAGCUCUGAGGAAGAUAGCGAUACCAGUGAAUCGAAAUCCGAUGAUGAAGAGCCAGAAACUGCUCAUGUCGCUAUACCUUUGCCUCCGACAAUUCCUGCAGCUGCUAUUCCUGCUCCUCCCAUGGCUCUGGCAGGUGGUCCACCUCUGCCGCCACCAGCUGGCUUGCCACCGCCAAUGAUGUUUAGGCCUCCUCCUCUGCGUCCUGGUAUUCCGCCUAACUUUGGUAUGCGAAUGCCACCUGGGCCACCACCGGGAGGUAGACCCGGGAUGGGUGGAAUGCCGCGGAUGAAUAUUCGUAUGCCUCCAGGACCGCCACCGGGAAUGCCGCCACGGAUGAUGCACAAUAAGAAUCAACCACACAAAGAUACAAAGGGUGUGACGACAAUCACAGCUAAACCUCAAAUUAGGAAUUUGAGUGCCGAUGUCACUCGAUUUGUUCCAUCUGCAUUGAGAGUUAAGAGGGAAGACAAUAAAAGGCCACAAACAAAGAUAAAACAAUUUACACAAGAACCCAAACCAAUAUCGGAGAUGAAUAAAGGUGCCACUAAGGAUGAUGCUUACAUGCAAUUUAUGAAUGAAAUGCAAGGAUUAUUGUAGUCUUUGUUUUGCAUAAUUUAUAGAAUAAGCUAAGGAGUAUUCGAAAAUGUAUAGGAUAACGUAAUAAAAGAAAAAAAAAAUGGAAAGCUUUUGUUUUUGGAUAAAUCAACAACUUUGUAGCAGAAACAUUCCGUAAUUUAGUCAACGUAAUUUUCUGAACGGAAAUUUAAGUUGACGAGUAAAAUGAGUUAGGGAGAUUUUUCUUGCUUAAUUGGAAGGAUUUUUUUGACAGCUUACCAAUCAGAGACGCGAAACUUAAUCCCUAACUACUGUUCUGAGCCUGUCCAAUACCUACUUACUUUAAUUACAUAAAUAUUGAACCAUAUUCUUAAUAAAAUCUGCCGGCGAAAUGUGUUCGAAUUACAAUUACAAU